AUGACACUGUCCAAACGUGACAAUAGCUCAUGUACAACACAAUUUUGCUACCGUUUACGGACCGUCCAUGUUGACCUGGGUACGAUUGAGCGUGAAGGAGUCGAUCGUAAAUCAAUUGAUUUACCAGAUAUUCAACUUACUUUAAUAAAACAACUCGAAAAAGUAACUCGUUCACCACUUCAUAUUGUGAUUAUGUCAGGUGGUGGAGUUGAUUUAUCAUAUAUUAGAGAUUCAACACAAUGUGCUAGUCUUCUUUGGAUUGGUUAUCCAGGACAAUCGGGUGGACUUGGCCUAGCUACAGUUGUCUUUGGUCAAUACAAUCCAGCUGACCGUUUACGAGUGACAAUUUAUCCAGUUUCGUAUGUUGAUGAAGUAAGUAUGUUUGAUAUGCAAAUGCGAUCAUCAUCGAAUAAUCCUGGUCGAACCUAUAAAUUUUAUACUGGUAAAGCUGUAUAUGAAUUUGGCUAUGGCUUAUCAUAUACUACAUUUAAUUAUACAUGGAAUAGUAAUACAAUUGUUUCUUUGUAUUCUAUUCAAUCUUUGAUAGAAAAUAAUCAUAAUUUUCUGCGUACAAUCAUUUCUUUAAUUCGUGUAAAUGUAACAAAUACUGGAAACAUGGCUGGCGAUGACGUUGUUCUAGCAUAUGUUGCACAACCAAAUACAAUCGAUAAUCAGACAGUACCUUUUAAACAAUUAUUUGGUUUUGAACGUAUUCAUUUAGCAAUAAAUGAAACAAAAGAAGUAUUUUUUCCUUUUACGAUUGAAGCUGCCUUAGCCGUCACACGUGAUGNUGAUAUUCUAAAAGUUGCCUCGGGCAAAAUAGAAUUGUAUACCCUUGGUCUUGCUCUUGCUUUGAACUCCUCAGUCGAGGGUUAA